GGAUGAGUAAAUGAUGAGAGAACUAUUAUUUUUGGGUGAACUAUUCCUUAAAGUACUUUUAUAAUCUUGGCAAAUUUGCCGGCUUGCUUAUUUCUCAUAAAUUUUAAGAAUGGAAAAUAGUUACAAAUAAAUUCUCUUUUAACUGAGUGAAGAACUUGCGCACAGUCACUAAUUCACUCUUUACAGGGAAGGACCAAGUCAUUUUUGUUACCAAGGAGAAACAUGAGAUCCCUAGCACCGUAAAGCUCAUUAAAGAGGAUGCGAAUGAGGACCAUGAAGAAAAAGGUCUUAUCUUGUCGAGGGGUGAGAUAAAUUGGGACUGUCCCUGUUUAGGGGGGAUGGCAAGUGGACCAUGUGGAGAGCAGUUUUAAGCUGCAUUUACCUGCUUCCAUUUCAGUCAAGAAGAAGUGAAGGGCUCAGACUGCCUGGAACAGUUUAUGAGCAUGCAGGAGUGUCUCCGUCAACACCCUGAACUUUAUCCUGAUGAGAAGGACCCUGAUCCUCAUACUGCAAACCCUGAGCCAAACUCACAGCAGAAAGACUCUGCCUCCAUAUCUGACUUCACUCCAACCAAAGAGUCUGACACAAUACCAACUGAGACUGAUGUGAUGCCUUCACAGUUGCCCAUAGCUAGUUAAAAUCAGAGAUUCCUCAUUAUUAUUAUUUUUUACGACAAUCUAUUUAUAUGAAAAUAAAAAUAUUUAGACUUUUUCUUUGACAAAAUCUUUUAUGAAUGGGAUAAAUUUAAUGUCUUAAUAUUUAACACGAUAUAGAUGGCAAGAUGUGUAGAGAAGGCAUGCAAAUAAUCUAUUUUUUUUUCCAUAGCCCACCAUAUAAUGACUUCUUACACCUUUAGUGAUUGUCAAUCAUUUCUUUUUCCCUUUUUAUACAGUAACAGUGAUUUUGGACAUUUUUGUAACUUUGUUACAUAUUGACAUGCAUUAUGUGUAUGAACGUGUGUGUGUAUGUUUAAGUCUCCUUCGCCUGUGUCAAAAAUUAUACUUGACUGAAAGUCAAGCUUGGCUUUGUUGAAAGCCAAUAUUUCACAUAAUAGAGAAUGUCAAAUUAUAAUACAAUUUAUUAUGGAAUAACAUUGUGAAGUUUCAUAGAAUUGAACAGGAUCCCUGAUGAAGCUGCUUUCAGAUUUGUAUCAAUCAUCGAAUGUCAGAACAAUGACCACUGAUCAGUUAUUUAACAUGACACAUGUUCUGUGUACAGUAUGUGUUUAUAGGAAUACUCGUGAUUCCUCUCUCUCUCUCUCUCUCUCUCUCUCUGUGUGUGUGUGUGUGUGUGUGAUUUUUGUAUAACCAAUUUAAAUCUCAAUAGUGCUUUGGCUAUGGGUUUUUUUUUUUUUUUUUUUUUUUUUUUUUGGAGAGUGCUACAUAAUGCCUCACUCGUUCAAUGAUUACCUGACAAGAGAUAUUUACAGUUUCUUAUUGGAUGCCGCUAGAGGGAGAAAUAAGUAAAUUGACCAAUGGGUUGAUGGGGAGGAGGUUACAGGGUCAGCAGGGCAGUAGUUGUAUGAAAAACCUCCAGUGAUUGCACCUGAGCACAAGCACAUACAACUUUAAUCCAUAGAGAACCUGAACAAUGUCCAGCCUAACGGAGAUCUGUGCGGGAUUGCCCCUUGAUCCUCUUCCCCCAAAUCAUGGAAGAGACCCCAGCAUACCUCAUGCCCCUGUUCGUACUCCAAACCUUACUUCGGAAGAAGAACGGCUGGCUUUGAGGAAUGCUAUGAGAUACUUUCCUCCUGCACUACAUGCGACUCUGGCUGCAGAGUUUGCACAGGAGCUCAGAGAGUAUGGACACAUAUACAUGUACCGCUUCUGUCCUGCACUCCGCAUAAGAGCCUAUCCCAUUAAUCAGUACCCAUGCAGAACAAGACAAGCUGCUGCAAUCAUGCUUAUGAUCAUGAAUAAUCUGGAUCCUGCAGUAGCGCAGUUCCCACAAGAGCUUGUCACAUAUGGUGGAAACGGACAGGUGUUCAGCAACUGGGCUCAGUUCUGGCUGGUAUUUCACUAUCUGAGCACCAUGACUGAAGAGCAGACCCUUGUGAUGUACAGUGGCCAUCCACUGGGUCUUUUUCCCAGCCUCCCUUCUUCCCCACGCUGUGUUAUCACUAACGGAAUGGUCAUUCCAAACUAUUCUUCUAGAGAGGAAUAUGAGAAGAUGUUUGCUAUGGGUAUUACCAUGUAUGGGCAGAUGACAGCAGGGAGUUACUGUUACAUCGGUCCCCAGGGCAUCGUCCAUGGCACCAUGUUGACAGUGCUGAAUGCAGGUCGAAGAUACUUGGGCUCAGGUGACCUCAGAGGUCGUGUGUUUGUGACCUCUGGUCUAGGUGGAAUGAGUGGAGCACAAGCGAAGGCUGCAGUCAUUGCUGGCUGUGUCGGGGUCAUUGCUGAGGUUGAUGAAGCUCCCCUAAAGAAAAGGCACGAACAGGGCUGGCUGAUGGAGGUCACUAGUGACUUGAACCACUGUAUCCAACGCAUCAGGGACGCCAGAAAGGCAGAGAUGGCCCUCAGUUUAGGCUACCAUGGCAACAUUGUGGAUCUUUGGGAGCGUCUCUACCAGGAGUACGAGCAGACAGGAGAGUUGUUGGUGGAUUUGGGCUCUGAUCAGACAUCACUUCAUAACCCAUUCAGUGGAGGAUAUUAUCCAGUGCAACUCACCUUCAGACAAGCUAACGAACGCAUGAACACAGAUCCUCAGCACUUUAGAACCUUAGUACAGGAGAGCCUUCGUAGGCAGGUGGAAGCCAUCAAUAAUUUGACUGAUGCAGGGAUGUUCUUCUGGGACUAUGGCAACGCUUUUCUAUUAGAAGCCAAGAGAGCAGGUGCGGAGGUCGAAAAGAGAGGGGGAGGAGCUACUGAGUUUAAAUAUCCCUCAUAUGUCCAACACAUAAUGGGAGAUAUUUUUUCACUGGGUUUUGGACCGUUCCGCUGGGUUUGUACCUCUGGUGACCCUGCUGACCUGGCUGAGACUGAUGCAAUCGCCACUGCUGUAUUAGAAGAGAUAAGCUCAACAGUAACUGAAUGUGUACGUCAGCAAUACAAUGACAACAUCCGCUGGAUCCGUGAGGCUGGGAAACACAAGAUGGUUGUGGGUUCACAGGCCCGGAUUCUCUAUUCGGACCAGAAGGGAAGAGUGUCCAUCGCAUUGGCAAUAAACCAAGCCAUUGCAAAGGGCAGAGUCUCGGCUCCAGUAGUCAUCAGUAGAGAUCACCAUGAUGUAAGUGGGACAGACAGCCCAUUCAGGGAGACCUCUAAUGUUUAUGAUGGCUCUGCGUUUUGUGCAGACAUGGCAGUGCAAAACUUUGUUGGUGAUGCAUUUCGUGGUGCCACAUGGGUUGCCUUGCACAAUGGAGGUGGAGUUGGAUGGGGGGAGGUGAUAAAUGGGGGUUUUGGAUUGUUUCUAGAUGGUUCUGAAGAAGCAGCGCAGCGAGCUAGACUAAUGCUGAACUGGGAUGUCUCUAACGGGGUGGCACGGAGAUGUUGGUCUGGCAACUCAAAUGCUUACGAGACGAUUCAACGUACCAUGGAGGACCAGGGUCAGCUGAGAGUCACCAUGCCUUACCCAGUACAAGACGAACACAUUCUGGACCGUGCACUGCAGGGCUAGACUAAACUCUACACUAAAAUAUAACAUUAUGUAUUAAAAUUCAAUAGAAUUACUAUGAACUCACCUUCAUCAUUUCUACCAGUUCACACUAAAACACAAAGUAACACAAUCAGUAGAGUGCUGCUAUUCAAUGAGGAAAGUGAUACAAUGGAAUGCUCAUACCAGACUGUACACAAAUCUACCUAGUCAAAUUCAUUAAAGUAAAAGAGAGCCCUUACAAAAAUGUACUGUGGGAGUACCCUGGCAUACUUAUGGCAUCAGAAGGUAAUACAAUGUUACUUUGAUAUAUAUCAUUGUACUGAAUGAUUACCACAUUCAUGUAUUUAAAUACAUUUACAUAUUACAAGGUACUUUAAAGAAUUAAUGUACAAAAAACAUGGUAUUAUUAUAAAGAUAUUUACCAUUAACUUAUUUUUAAAAAAUAUGUAAGUUCAAACUUUUAAAGAUAGGUCCAGAGAACCAUAGUUCUACUAUGCAAUUUUUUGUUAGUGUGUCCUCAUUCAAACUGUAAAUUGGUUGUUUCACUCUGUCAUUGUCUAUAAAAACAACUGAUUACAUUUGUUGCUCGAA